AUGGCGUUCGCCCCCAGCUUCGGGUCUUUUGGUGACUUUCUCUCGGUUGCAAUUCUGAUCAAAGAUACAAUCGUGGCCCUGGACGACUGCCGCGGAUCUUCACGUAAAUAUCAAGAAUUAAGGCAAGGACUGGAGGUCCUAGGACAGACAAUCUGUCACGUUGAAAAGGCCUAUCACAACCCGAAACUUGUUGUAUCUGAUGACACUUCCACGACAGCAAUACGCAUCGUUUCCCGAAUUCACCAAUGCCUCGCUGCCUUCAACAGCCAAAAGCUACAAAAGUUUGCGACAAGCCUCUCUCAUGGUGGCUCUGGCAACCCUUUCAAAGAUGUGGCGAGGAAGAUCCAGUUCAAAUUUGACGAGAAGGACAUUGAGAACUUCCAGCGAGAGAUUAUAGGAUACAAUCUGUUGCUAACAACUUUGAUGGAGGUCUCCACAAUGCACACUAUCGAACGCAACAACGAUGACACCGCGAAACAAAUCUCUACUAUCGCGUGUCAAAACCAGGAGCUUCGAAAUGAAUCCAAUCGAAAUUCUAGAUUCUUGGUCAACUUCGGAAAGAAGGUCUUCACGAGAUUGAAUUUCCUCUCGCAUUUAGCCACAGACAUCCACAAGUCUACCACGCAGGUCCUGUCCUUGGUAUUUAGCAUCUCAACUGGAAUGGCUGAACUCCGUUCCAUGAUCAUGAAAAUCGAGUGGCCUCUCCGUGAUGAGCACUUUAUUCUCGAGGACGCAACCGGCCGGCCACUUCCCAUCCCACUGAAGACAGUAAUAUCGUGGGACAUGUUCGAAUACAUUCUACAGGAGAAUUUCAAGGGCAGGACAGGCGCUCACCGCGUUGGGCGCAGGCGAUAUAUGCUCAGUGAGCGCGCAACCUCCAUGGAGGUCGACCGAACUACAACGUGGGCAAACGCGUUCCGACCCCACCAGCGGAUAGAUAUGAGUAUCCUGUGUAAGGCACCAGCGACGGAGAUAGAUGUUGAUAAGUCUACCACUUGCCCGUUCUGCGGCAGACAGUCGACAAGCGGAAUGGACGUACAGGUGGAGUGCCAAAAUUGCAAGAUGUUCUACAGAAGGAUUAUCAAUCUUGAAGAGGAUGAAGACGAUCUGAUGGCCGCACCAAUGCCACCUCAACCGCGGCAACCUCCACAAUUUGGAAAGCCGUCCUUCGGUCCUGCACCCCCUGAAAAUCUGCAGAAGAAACGUCAACGAGAUCACGAUUCGGAAAGUGAGAAGGAGGGUACAUGCAAUCAGUGCCAUCGGCCGAAGCGUUCUAAGCGCCAGGGUGAUAAAAAACGGAAAGCCGUUGAUGAAGCCGAGUCUGAGUCUGAUGAAGGUGACUACAGGGGCCUCAGCCGUAUUGCCUUGGUGUCCCGCCGGAAACGAAUGAAAGUGUCUAAGAAAUCAUUUGCUGACUUCUGGGCGACUGACAUAAAUGGCAUGAGUUUUGCGGCCUAUGCGCAGAAGUCUCCCUCAGUGCCUGGGUCUCAGGACCAGGACAGCAAGAAGUUGUUCUGCUCUACCCCGGAAAACGGUUGGAAGUGGCCUGAGAAGACUGUCGGUGGACUCUCAGGGUUCAGCCCCAGUGUUGACAAUGGAGUUACACUUGGUGAUCCCAGAGACACCAGCCCGAGGCAAACUGAGGAACCUGGAUCCGACGAGGACGAUGAAGACCCACGAUACGAUACUACUGGACGCUACUCGCCUACUGUGUCACCCACACGCGGACUCUCUACUGACGAGAACGACCAUGACAAGCAUGUCGAGGGCAACAAAACCACCUCUCCGGACCCGGGGAAGUCGAAUUCGGAGCGUGGUGGCCAAGGCUAUUAUACCUACUCUCGAAGUUCGGACGACGGUGAAGACGAGGACGAAUGUGUCGAGGUCAACGGGAUCGCUUACGUGAUUCCGGCGAAAUCGAAAUCGAAACAGCAUUUUGACAAGAGGGGUCAACUCGGUGAUAGAUCCCGCCGCUCCACUGUCAGAUUUCAACGUCACGAGAUUCCGCGCUACUACGCCGACGAGCCUCGCCGGCCCCAGACCCCGAAACCGUCCACGGCACAACGUAAAUCACCCGUGCUGUCUACAAGGAAGACGACAGAGGUCGAUGCCAAGAAAUACCGCAUCCCCCCGGGCUACUCAUUAAGAAACUGGGAUCCUAAUGAGGAUCCAAUUCUACUCCUUGGAUCUGUCUUCGAUGCCAAUUCCUUGGGGAAGUGGAUCUAUGACUGGACUGUCUACACGCAUAAGCCCACGUCGCCGAUCUCAGAAAUGGCUGGUGAACUUUGGCUUCUGCUUAUCCAGUUGGCCGGCAAGGUCAAGCGCAGCACGGAGAUGGCCCCUCGGAUUCAGUCUCUUGAGGACCGAGAGAUGGUCGAGGACUUUAUCGAGUCCGGCGAGCGUAUGAUUGACAAGUUCCGUAAGCUGCUCAAGACUUGCGAGCAGCCGAUGCUUAAGGCAUCAAAAAAGAAGGAACAGCUGGGCCGCAACAGCGGUAUAGAGUUCGUUGAGACGAUCUUUGGAAGAGAGCGGGAACUUGAGAAGACGGAGCGUUUCAUGCAACAGGUUCGGCUUUGGAAUCUGAGGUUCGACGCAAACUGUGAGGGUGUCCUGAAGGGGCCACAGAGUGGGGCGCCCAGCAACAAGCCAUAG